CUUUUCUUAAAAACCCCACCUUUAAUAACGCCUGCAAAUUAACUCUUUUUAAGCUGAGAAAUAAAUCUCUUCUUGCUCGGUUAAACCGCCACAUCAGCAUCUCCCCCUCUUCCUUCUCUCUGAUCGAUCCUCCUCCCGCUCCCCAUCCCCAACGUCACUCUUCCACAUUAAUCGGCCAUAAAUCUGAUCUUUCUGUUACUAGAACCAACCAGUUUUACUUCAAAUCCACAAUCCGUCUUCUUCCUCAUCCUUAUUAUCUGAUUACAGCGGCUUAAUCUCCACCAACCGCCAUGUCUUCUUCAAGCAAGAGAUUCUUCCUACGCCAUCCCAUAGUCGUCGACACCGGCUGCAGCUGCCGGAGCUCAAAGCUCUCAUCUUUCCUCUCGUUAUAUUCCUCACAGAAACAGAGGACUCCCAAAACGCCAUUUUUUCCCUCCUCUUCUGCAACCACAACGACCUCUCCAUCCGAUUUCAGCACCGACUUACCUACCGCACAUCAAGACUCCUCCUUUGAUGACCCUCAGUCAUCAUCUCCGUCGCCGGUGAACAUUCCGGCGAGCGGCCUGAGAGAAAAGAAGUUGGGGUUGAAGCGGAAAGAGGCGGUGCAGCAGAGCGUGGCGGUGGUGAAGGAGUCUUGGAACCCUUAUCUUGAUUUCCGUGAAUCUUUAAUGGUGAUGAUUGUGGAGAAGGAGCUUUACUCUUGGGAUAGUCUCUGUGAACUCCUUCAUCAAUUUCUCUCACUUAAUUCUCCUGAUCAUCACCACCACAUCCUCCGCGCUUUCGCUGAAGUUUGGAAUGAUAUUUUCUCUCCGUUCGCCGCCUCUGCCGCCGCCGGUGGCGGCAGCGGUAGAGGUCCGCUGUGAACGCAUCAGUAGGAGCGUCAAUGGUGAGGGGAAGAAGGGCGAUGAAUGGAGCCGUUGAUGCCACGUGUCGUUUGCCAGAUGAGGCGGGGAAGACUACUGGCCUGAAUAAACGGCAGGUAAAAUGGAUGGAUUCUGAGUUUUUUGUAUGUAGCACGAAUCUCAAAGAACUUCUGUGAUAGGUUACUUAGGAUUUUGAAAAUAAUUUUUAAUAGUGGAUUGAAGGCUUUGUUUAAUUAUGUUUUUUUUUCUUAUAAAUUCUUGCUUUUAUAUAGACUUAUGGAUAU